AUGGCUGAACCGCCCGUGUCACAGCCGCCAGCAGACACACGCGACGAACCACCGGGGGAUUCCCUCACGACGCAGACUCGCUCGCUAUCUGAAAGCUCUUCCGAACGAUCCCCAAUUGAAAAUGUAUUUAGCGAUGAGUUCUCGUUGGAACCUCUUGAUCAAUUCAGUAGCAACCGCAGUUCCUUCACCAACGGAGCCUCGUCAACCAACUCCCCCGUAUCGCCAUUGUCCGCGAACGGAGAACGACCAUCGUCCAUGGUUAGCCCUUUCGACGACUCUCCGGGCUCGUCAAGAAUACAGAUGCAAACGACCUGGGAUCGCCCCAUAACGUCUCAGCAGAACAGACAUGCCCCGGUUGAAACAAGUUCAGUUGCACGAACCACUUCUGUUUCAUCAGAAACGACAAGUAAUCUGUCGUCUAACGGGAGGAGUUUAAGCCCAUCUCGAUUCUCAAUACCUCGUGCCAUGAGUCCCUAUCGUGGCCAAACCGCACCAAGUCAUCCCUAUGCAAUGUACCCUCAGGGAAUUGGCGUCGCCAGGUCGCUGUCUACCUCUACUGUUUCGACCAUUCGCCCCGCCGAGCGCACCUUUGUCGCAGCGGCUCCACCGCAGCAUCCGUAUGCGAUGUAUUCCCAGAAUACCGUUCCGGAAGAAGCCGCGGAUGAGCCACUUAAUCCGGCCUUACCAAUCGGGUUCCCGAGCCAGAAUCAACCGUAUCAAGUCCCUAUCUCGAACCAAACGCCUAACGAAGUUGGAGAUAUAGUGGGCCCGGACGGCCACACCGAGCAGUUGCCUCCCUACUCUAGAUAUCCAGAGAGCUAUUUUGGCAAACGAGAGUUACCGUCCGACGAGGACGCCAGUGCGGACUCUCCCCAAUCCCCAGAUGGAGCAGCAGAUCCAACCCAAGCGGCUGCAAAUACCGACGUACCUGAAGAUAGACAGGAUCCAAACCCGGAUCCAAAUGAUGCUAGCGGCGGUUUCAAGGAAAGACUAACAAAGAAAGGACAGAAGAAGGUUUGUUGCGGUGUACCGCUUUGGAUGUUCUUCCUUGUUGCAGCUGUACUGCUCUUAGGAACCGUCAUUGGAGGGGUAAUAGGUGGGCUUUUGGGGUCUCAACAAGGAGCAAAGCGCGUGCCACCCGCUACGGACUCACCAACGGCCACCGUUACAGUUACUCCUACUACUUUAGAUGCGAUUCCUCCCUUAUCAUCAGGACCGCUACGACCACUUCCCACAGGAAAGUUUAGCUUCCCUGCCAGUACACUCCAGGACAAUUCGAGCAAUUGCAUCCCGGCGUCAGCAUACAAAGGAACCUGGCAAUGUAGAAACGAUGGUUAUUUCCAUUACGAAGUCCAGAAAGACGAGGAUGGUAACGCAACCAUCAUGAUGUUUAACUCGUAUAAUGUGAGCGGGCGAUUCUACUAUGGUGCUCAACCACCCAUUUUCAGCGAACCCGAUUAUCCUCUUGAAUUAAAAAUGGAUAAAACAAACAAAUCUCUUGGAACGGCGUACUUCUUCUAUACCGCGAUUGACAAGCUUGUGAUUGUUUCGGAAGACGAAUUCCCGGGCCCGGCACCGGAUAGACGGCGUGGCCACAGUCUGUCACAACGUCACUGGCCCGGACUGUAUCGACGAGUCUAUGCCUCACCUGGUGACAAGCCGUGGUUUUGUUGGUGGAAUUCCACCCUCAUCGAGGUAUUCAUCUAUGCGAAUGAGGACAGCUCGGCAUCCGACACUGCAAACCGUUCCCAACCGGAGUCCGUCACGGACGACAACUUCACUCCCCUCUUAUAA